AUGAUGGCAUCUGAGGCAUUAGAGCUCUCUUCAGCAGGAAGGGAUAUCCCAGGGCAUCCAGAUUAUAGACGACUUCAUUCAGAGGAAAACACGGCGGCCACAAAAAGGCCUGGAAUAAAGAAAUCUAUAUCAUGGGGAAACCGAUCAGAUGCGAUGAGAACAUUGUCUUUUCAACGUAGGUUUAUCUUGUGGUGAAUGUUAGAGAAACACAGCACAAUUCCGUUGUAAAUUAAAAAUGUUGUGUUUUGGACUAACAUCAAUAAAUUGUAGUUAACUUAUUAGUGUCAUUAGACAUCCCUAAUUAAAAUUCUGUUCACUCCUUAAAACCUCUAUAGAUGUUAAUAUUAUUGCUUGAUGGUACAUGCACUGCAAUAUGAAGUUGGCCGUAAAAUCAGUUGUCUCUUAUAGAGUGUUUUCACAUGACGUCACGGCGGCCAUAUUGAUGUCCCAAAACAAUGAAACGGCGGCCAUGUUGGUGUCCCAAACCAAUCCUGUGGGAGUUGAACUCUUUUCUUGUGCAAACGCUUUCUUUUGUUCCAAUAAAUUUGCAUAGAUGCUGGCCACGUGAGUGAAAACACUCUAUAAGCAAGAGUUUUCUUUGGCACAAUACCAUUAUUUUUUUUCCUUAGCCUAUUUAAUUGAGUCUCAGUAAUAAUUUAUAUUCCAUAGUAAUUACUGAGCCCUUUGUUCCUUACCUAAGCACCAACGCAACACACAAAACAAUUAGUCAGUCUGGUGACAAAAUUUAAGAAAGAUUUUUAUAUUAGAAUAAUUUUAUCAUAUUACCAAGACUACUACUAGUGUUUGAUGAGUCUAAUGCUGCAUGUUGCCAGCUAGAGUUUCUUGUACUUUGGGUACAAUUUUGGGUGGCAGUGAAUAGAAUCAACAGUCAACUUUCAUGAUUGCUGGCAUCCUCUGACAGUAACACUUGAGGCAGAUAUGUAAUAAGGGGAACUACAUGUAUGAGAACAACUUUCCUAGGGAUGACUUUUAACAACAAUUCUGAUUCAUGUGCAUUAGAACAAAGGUAAAUCCAAACAAAAAGACAAAAAUGAAGAUCUAUUAUUCGAAAAUAUGACAUUUUGUCUGAUUAUGUUGAAAGAUACUGCUCGGUGCCAGCUAAAUGCUGAAAUUGUGCUGUUGGGACCAAAACAGCAUCUGUGUGUCUGUAAUGGCGAGACUCUGUGAUAAUGGAAGUUUGUUUUACGGUGAAACAUUUAUGAGAUUUACACAACUAGUUUCAGUUGUAGCGAUCUGUCUGCGAGGCAAGACUUGACCGUAAUUUAGGAUACAUUGACAGCAGAUCCAGGGCUCAAGAAAAGUCCCUUCCUGAGUAGUGCUAGUAGUGAACAACAUCAAUUUUCUUCUAAUGAUAUCCAGAGAUUGUCAAGAGCAAAGUCUAUAAGAAUUAAUAAAAUGAUCACAAAGAGAAAAAUUUUUGAUCUUUUAUCAAAUUCUUCCAACUAGUUCUGAAAGGAAAUGUAGAGAGAUCAGUCAGGAGAAUUUGUAUGUUGAUACUGGGACUUAAAGGGUUAACUAAGCCAGCAGGAAGCGGCCCUGGACACGCAAACUGUGAGGUCUGCGUACCCAAAGGAAUAUCUUGAAUCCAAUUUUUGUCAAGCCCUGUCCUGCUAUAAAAGAAAUUAUUUGCAGCUGUGAUCUGGUGUAAAUGCUAAUACAUGUAGUAAAACUUCUCAGUCUGUUUUUUUUUUUUUAUGUGUAGCAUUGACAGUCGCCGUUUUCUUAGUGGAGAAGUCAGGUCGUCUGCUUAAUCUUGAAGAAGGAAGAAAUACCAUAGCUGGAACAAUAAACACAAUCAUGGCAGAGAAUCUCUCGCUUCCACCUGUCGCUUCACAAGUGUUCUGUGUGUGGCUUAUUUCUCCUCUGCUACGUAAGUAGGGAAUUUGGCAUAUUUCUAAAAACAAUUUAUGUUAUUAUUCAGUUGGGGUCUUCAUCGCUCUGUUCCCCACUGAAGUAAAAUUAACUUUCGUAAGUUGCAGUUUCUUUGAGUGCAUGCAUGCAUACUUGAAAAGUUGCAGCUGCAGAGCAAUCUGUUACCUUUGGAGCUUUCAGAGCACAUUUAACAAUAAUUAUUUAACUCACACUUUUCCUCAUUAUGUUUCUUAUAAAUACAUGUACAUGAAAAAAAAAUUGCCAACUUUGCACUGUAUUUUCCCAUUUCUCUAAAAAAAGAUGUAAAUAACGUCAAUCUGAGUUAUAUAUUGUAGUCAGUUCUUGUACUGACUUCUUUUACGUAGUGUUCAAUGUCAGUGGUUUUUAUUAGUAGUAUUUUCUCUUUCCCCUUUUUUAGAGCUACAAUUAAAAGAUCACCACCGCCCAUUCAGAUUACGGAAAGUGUGGGCAGAAUUACUGAAAAAGUUUACCGUUGUUACUGAUGAAGUUGCUGAAAAAGGUAAACUGCCUUUAACCCUUUAAACCCUAAGAUCGAAAUUGAGAUUCUCAUUUACUGUCCCUAUACUUUUUCAAUAGAAGUAGUGGGGAGAAUUUGUUGAAGGAUCAAUUAGACUCAUCCUCCCUGAUCAUAUACUCGAUUCUCAUGACCGCUGUUUUCUAAAGCAUUGAUAAUUAUAAGGAGAAAUUUGAUGCCGAUCACUCUUAGGGCUUAAAGGGUUAAAUUGUCCAAGUUGUACAUUUAUCAUAAGGAUUACAAUGUAUUUUGUUGUCAUAAAAAUCAUUUUUUUUGUUUUUUCAGUGAUGACUAAUAUAAAUAAUUUUGACAGUUUACUUAGAUAAAUAUACAUUUAAAUAUACGCCAUUGAGGCAAGGAAGCAAAUUAAACUGUACAAUAUUAAUUUCCCCCUCUUUAAAAAAUUCUCAAUAAACUGGAUAUGAUACACUAUUAAACUGGUAAAUCUAAUUUAUACCCUUAAUUUCAAUCUGCCCUUAACGAUGAGAAUUGAUUCCAAAACACAACAUCAAGUACCAAGAGAAAUAUUUAAUAUAUUAUUGUUAUUUUUGUUUUUGUUACUCAUGCAGAUGAACCAAUUCUAUGCUAUCAGAGAAAUUCAUUUUUCCCACUUUCAGAGGAAAAGAGAGUAAGUAACAAUUAUUUUAUUUUUAUCAUAGUGAACUGUGUGGAACUUUAAAAUGUUAACCUAUUUUUUGACAUUCUGUUUCUAUUUUUACAUAGAUAAAGGAUGAUAGGAUUAUCAAAAGGCUCUUUGAAGAGGUAAGUAACAUACCACCGUAGAAAUUGUGUAGAACAAAAUCUUAUCCUUAAAUUGAUGGGUUUAAUAUAUAAUAAAUUUCAAGCAAGGAAUGGAAUGGUUAAUAAAGCUGCUUCAUAGCCCCUUAUGUUCCUGGUAAUGUAAUAUUUUGAACAGUUUGGGAAUAGUCCUUCGCAAGUUGCUUCAUCUGCCGAAACUUGAAGCCUGCAUGACUUUUACAAACAUUUAUUGCUUGCAAGUUAGCACUAGAAGUACUGGGUUUAAGCAAAAUGGGUUAUUUCAUUGCUAAAACGCUACCACAAAGUAAUAAUGAAUUAUUUCUAGUUCCCUGUUUCUACCUGUGUGAAACCAAUAUUCAGUGACUUUUCUGUUUGUAUUAAGUUGUUAAACAUUUUUUGUGUUUUGUGUUUGCCUUAUAGGCCAAAUAUAACAUCCUGAGUGGCAAUUACCCAAUAACUGAGAAGGAUGCUCUUAUUCUCGGAGGAAUUCUUGCCUAUAUUGAAAAUGGACCAUUUGAUCCUAAAGAACACACUCCUGGUGUUUUCAAGUAAGUUUGAAUGAAAUUUAAUGCCAUAAACAACAAGGAGCAUGGUCACUUGUUGUCGGUCAGUGGUCAGUGUAGUGGCUAAAGCGCUGUCAGCCUUGUUUGCAUCAUGACUUCAUGUGCCUACUACAGGGUUUCUUGGCAGCCUCUCUCUUGGUUUAGCCUUUGGAUCAUUCUUUUAGCCCCAUCCUCCCCACCCCCACUUUUUUUUCCAGUGAUAAAUCAUUGUGACAGGUGUCUGGUUCCAUUGGCAUGGUAGCUCAUGGCUGGAAAGGGGCAGGUUUACCAGCCAUGGGGGCAUAACUCUGUCUAUAGGCUGGCUUUGCCAAAUUAAAGUGGAAGCCCCUGGACAUGCCGGGCACCCACCUCCACAAAGCAACGCAAAUGUUAAUGCUUAAUUUAGGUCGCUGUUUUCAUAAUACUGUCAAGUCCAUGAAGGAGGAAGGUGAAGUGUCUGAACAGAAAUACUCACUCAUCAUUAGCAUUUGCUUUGAGCCUGAAGUCACUUUAAAUUAUACUGCUUGGGAGAAAUGCAGCUGUGCUUUUGUUCAGUAAUAAUUCUUUGCUGACAUUAACUUUCAAAGUGUGCAAUGAGUUCUGAUGAACAAAGUUGGCUAAACUUCUGUGUAAUGAUCACUUAAACACAACUUUUCCAUUUUAGAAACAAGUUAACAGAUUAUCUACCAGGAUGGCUUUGCAAAUCAAGCUGGUCUAUCCGUGGUAAAUCCCCUCGAUUGUCUCUGGAAAACAAGCUUUUGCAGCAGUACGCAGAUGUUUCUGAGAAAGCAUCGGAUGUUAAAGCUUGCUACAAAAUGUUUCUGGCAUACUGCUGGGAUUUUCCAUUCUAUGGGUAUGUUGCAGUGAUUUUAUUACAAAUAGUUAUGGGGAGUCCUGGGACUCAUCUUGCGAAAAAUCAUGAGUUUCAGUCCAGACCCAUUGAGUCCCAAUUCAAAAACACUAGUCCCUGGGUCUUUAUGUAAUCACACAGUUAAUCUAAAGACAACUCCAAAACUCUGUAUUACAGUUUAGUGAAAUAAAAAUAUACUCCUUAAAGCACAACAAAGACUAAAAGGCAUAUGUGCCAUUAAACAACAGUCACAAGAACGGCCACAGAAAUCGCACAAACAGGAUAUUCCACAAAAACAUCUUCAGUUCGAUCAACUGAUCUUUGCGUCCCGCGGGAUGCAUAUGCGUGAGGGAUGCAGGACACAGAGGCAGCAAAAUCGCAGAUGUUGCAGCUUGUUUAGUGCUAAGAGUGAUCAACAUCCAACGUCUCCCUGGGGGCUAUUAAGGGUUCCCUGGAUGACAAUUAUUUUUGCAGAUCUCCUUCUUUUCCCAUUGCUUAACUUAUGUUUUGUUUCAACAGGAGUGUCUUUUUCCGAGGUCAGAUCGAACGUCCUUCUCCUUCUCUGUUCUCUAACAUUUGGGGAAGUUCAGAUUUGCCAGUAAGAGUUGCCAUUAACAGGGAACGUCUUCAUGUAAUCGAUGACAACAAAAAUGUAUGUGGUGACUCUUAAACAUUAUUUCUUUUAUAAUCUUAGGCCCAGUUCCAAUGCCAUACCUCACAUGAGCUGAGUCAAAUUCAAUGAAUUAAGUUCAUGUGAAGUACAGUGCUGAGUCAAUACGAAACGGCUAAUUGUAUUUGGCUAAGUUCAGCCAUUCUUCUUGCCUUGCUCAGCCUGGAAUAACAGUUGUGGACCGCCAUUAUUUAUUCAGCUGCCAACCUUCACACAGGGUUGUCGAAAGUAGCCCUGGCCAAAAUCACUGCCUACUUGGUUAGUAUUGGCUGGCUACUCUGCUUGGCAUUUCUUUAUGGAUGGCAUUUUUAAAAUAAAAUAUCCCUGGACUUACUUUGACAACUCAGCCAUCUACUUCAAACCUUUCUGACAACCCUGCUUCACAUGAGACAAACCAAAUGCAUUAAUUUUUAUGCAUAUUUAUUUAAUUUUUUUUUAUCGUGAUAGUAAGCUUGGGGAGUACUUACACCUGUACAGGUUUGUGCCCUGUGAUAAUCCGGUAUUAAAUUGUAAACUUUUCUUAAAACAUUCUGCUUUUGUCACAGUUUAGUGAAGUAAUUAUUAUUAUUAUACUAAAUUAAUUUUGACAAAAGCAGAAUUUUUAUGUUUUUCUAAGACUCAUUUUUUGGGGGGGAUUACUUGGGUGAUACCCUUGAAUGGCACUACUCAUUUUUUGGCUACUUCUGUAAAAAAUUAUCGGCAGCCCUUGACUCAGUUGCCAAGUUGUGCCAUUUAUUUAUUUAUGUUAUUUUAUUUUAUUCUAUUUUUGACUUAAAGGACAUCCUUUUGAGCUUGGCAUUUGAUGAGCUGUCAUGGGACUACACUCCUGCCCCAGCUAUGGAGCCAGGCUGUUUGGAUACUUUCUGGUUAGAGUUUGACACACCAGGCUAUGAUGGUCAGUCAUUAGAGGUACAACGCCUGCAGGUCUUUUCAAAACAGGUGAGCCUAGCUCUCUUCAGUUUGAAAGUUGAAGAACAUUGGUAUAUUUUAAGAAGAAGAACGUUACAUACUUUGCAAUGGAUUUAAAGUUGACUUCAUUGUUGCAUUUUUUUUAAUUUCCAGGCUGAAAUGAUGGAUGCCAUGGUUCAGUCAUGCGUUUUUUGUGAUGACCCAGCUGGGUAAGUAAACCAGUCCUUCAUGUCCUAAGAAUGGCCAACAUCAAUUAAAUUGAUGUUGAAUGAUAGCAUUACUCGUCUGAUCCAUGUCAUUUGAGAGAAAAGUAAUACUUCAGGUCUUUUGAAGGGAUGCUAUAAUACGGCCUGUUGUCUUCAAGGAAUGGCUGACCGAGUCGUUCAAAUGGCGUGAUGUCUUCAACGAACGGGUGAUCAAGUCGUUUGAAUGGGUUGAUGUUUCUAACGAACAAGUGACCAAGUCAUUCCAACGGGUUGAUGCUUCUAACGAACGGGUGACAAAGCCGUUUGAACGAGCCGAUGUUUCUAGCGAACGUGUGACUAAGCCAUUCCAACAGCUGACAAACAGCUUGUAAAUGGAAAGCUAUUUGAAAACAGAAAGUUGUCAGUGUACGUUUUCACAUGGAAGGUCAGAUUUUCUCUUAAAACAAUAUUAAUACAUAAUCAAAAGAAAGUUCAUGAGAAUUAAUAAAAUUAUCACCAAUGAAAAAUGGUUUGAUCUUUUACUACAUUAUUUUCUCUCAACUGCUUCUUUAAGAAAUGUAUAGAUAUCAGUCUAGAGAAUUAUAUUGUAGGUUUUGUUGGUUGAGGGGUAAUUGGUAGGGGUAAAAUAUUUUCAUAAUCAGUUAUUGUUGUGAUACAUAGCCUUAAUGUUGAAGUCAGCCAAGUGUAUUUCAAAAUCCAGAGUGUUUAAUACUUUGUUUUGUUUUAUCUAAGGGUUUUCCUGUAACUAAUCUUUUGUUUACCCAUCACUUACAAUCAAUUUUCUUUUCUCUUCUUUUCUUGUUGUUUUAUGGAAACAGGGAUGGUCGCAGACAAGGUAAGUCUCAGUUUUGCUGUACAUGUAUGUUCUGUGUGGUCUAUGAAUAUUAAUUGGCUUUUCUCCUAAUCCUUAAUUAACAUUUUCUUUUUCGUUGUUUUUGGUCAUGUUAAUGUAUGAUAAUAGUUUAAGGCUUGCAAAGGAAAAGAAAAUUUGAACUAAGGUUGAAAUUGAACCGUAACUACAGCGUGCAAAGAAAGUGGUGUCCGAUAACCGGGCUGGUGGAUUUUAAUAUUGGACCAGUGAAUUCUGUUCUUAACUUGCUGGACAGGCGGGGCAAGUGAAACUUUUUAAGGACUUAUAAUCACAAAAGAACUGUUUUAAUGAACACAGAUGAUCUAUACUCAACCCUACUCGUAAUUACAUCCAUACUGCAGUUUCAGAACACUUUCUUACCAGUAAUCAUUCCGACAAUCAUAUGCUUUUGAUUCCUAUUGAAAAACUUAAAAAUGGGCGUGAUUUUUCAGGAAAGCACGUGAAGCCCACCUCAUCCAUAAAGCUAAGACAAUUGAGCCUCUGGGCAUCAAUAAACGUGUUGAACUGUAACCAUAUAUAGUAUAUCUUUUAUUUUUUUGUUAUCUUGUCUUUUUGAGUAGCCACACCAUACCACGUCAUAUUACUGAAUUUCCGGUCAUUUUUUUACUUCAUAUAUAUUUCUGUAAAUUCGUGAUAUCUCAAUAAACCUGAUGAAGACUGGUAUUGGCCAGUCGAAAUAUCGCAACUUAACUCUAUUUCACGUUGUUUGAUCAGUCCCUGCAAAAGCCUUCUUGACUGUAACGUUUGUACCAACCCUGCUCAUAAUUGGGCUAGUUAAAAUGACUUUUGGGCUAGUACAUGCUAACUGCAGUUUGCCCGAAUGGCAAGCUGUAAAACUGACUUUCUUUGCACCCUGAACUAAAUGUAAUGAUAAUUGUGCAAUUAUUUUGUGUGAGCUAGCAAUCCAAUCAUGGCCCCCUUUUCAAGGCUUAUUCUCCUACAUGAAGUUCGCUGUCAUAAUAAUAUUUGUCUUUGUUUUUAUUGACAUAUUUGUAGUACAGUUACAAUGUCACAGUUUCAUUUAUUACAAACAAAUAUUAUUGACACCAUCAACACUUAAAUUUAAUGGAAUGCAAAUCUUUUAUAGGCUUAGUUCAUCUCAGUGAUAAGGAAUACUUAUUUUUUGAACAGGUGGAAUGAGUUGCAGAAUGGAGCGUCUCAGUCUCUCCACUCUUGAAGGUUUGUGAUUCAAUUGAGUUAGCUUUUGACCAGCUUGGGUUUUUAAUAACUGAACAUUGAUGAUGAUGAUGAUUAAAAAAUUAAACUUGUAAUUGUGACUUUUUUUAUAGGAGCCUUGAGCCGAAAGAAGAGGAACAACGCGUCCUUCACCUUGAGCAACCCCUUUAGGAAGAGGCAAGGCUCAGAUCAGUGA